AUGGACACCCUUUUCAACACAAAAUUUGAAGGGGAACCUGCCUCACACUCACAGCCUGGGGUCAAGCUGAAGUCCAACACCUAUGACCUACAGGAGAGCAAUGUCAACCUGAAGCUGACCAUCGUGAGCACCGUGGGCUUUGGGGACCAGAUCAACAAGGAAGACAGCUACAAGCCCAUCGUAGAGUUCAUUGAUGCUCAGUUUGAAGCCUACUUGCAAGAGGAGUUGAAGAUAAAGAGGGUUUUGCACAACUACCAUGAUACCCGUAUCCAUGCCUGCUUGUACUUCAUUGCUCCCACGGGCCAUUCACUGAAGUCCCUGGACUUGGUAACGAUGAAGAAGCUGGACAGCAAGGUCAACAUCAUUCCCAUCAUCGCCAAAUCUGAUGCUGUCUCCAAGAGUGAGUUAACAAAGUUCAAAAUUAAGAUCACAAGUGAGCUGGUCAGUAAUGGGGUGCAGAUCUACCAGUUCCCCACCGAUGACGAAUCAGUGGCAGAGAUCAAUGGGACAAUGAAUGCCCACUUACCAUUUGCAGUGAUUGGCAGCACGGAGGAAAUGAAAAUAGGAAACAAGAUGAUGAAAGCCCGGCAGUACCCAUGGGGCACAGUGCAGGUGGAGAACGAAGCUCACUGUGACUUUGUGAAGCUACGCGAGAUGCUUAUUCGUGUGAACAUGGAAGAUCUCCGCGAGCAGACCCAUGCACGCCACUACGAGCUGUACCGGCGGUGCAAGCUGGAAGAGAUGGGGUUCAAGGACACAGAUCCUGACAGCAAACCUUUCAGCCUACAAGAGACUUAUGAGGCCAAACGGAACGAGUUUCUGGGGGAACUGCAGAAAAAAGAGGAGGAGAUGAGGCAAAUGUUUGUCCAGAGAGUCAAGGAAAAAGAAGCAGAGCUUAAAGAGGCUGAAAAAGAGCUGCAUGAAAAGUUUGAUCGUCUGAAGAAGCUGCAUCAGGAUGAGAAGAAGAAGCUGGAGGACAAGAAGAAAUCUCUGGAUGAUGAAGUAAAUGCAUUCAAACAGAAGAAGACGGCGGCUGAGCUGCUCCAGUCUCAGGCCCAGCAGGCUGGAGGAUCACAGACUCUUAAACGGGACAAGGAGAGGAAAAAUUAACUGCUGUUUGCUGCAUGGGGCAUGAGGUGCAUUGUCCUGUAACCCCUGGCUCUGUACUGAGUAAUAAUCCCUGAAUGCAAAGGGCUCGAAUGGACCUUCCUUUAUUUGUUAAAACAGAGGUUCUAGUAACAGCUGACAGCUUCUCAUAACAUUUCAGCCAUGACCUUUCCAAUCCUCUCUCUCCUCAUCAGGAAUCUUCCUUUCCUAUGUAUUGGUGGUGACUUCUUUGAUGAAACCAUUUAAGAUAAGCUGUUUUUGGACACUGUAACCUUAACACUCCUUUCUUUUUUAUUUUACGUUUAAUGGAUUUUCCCCCCCAAAUAAUUAAGGGAUGUGGAAAAGAAUUCUGUGCAGUUUUUUUGCUGGCAAAAUAACAAUGCAGUUUAAAAUCUAUUUAUUGGGGAUUUUGAAAAGACAACACAGCCUUGGUUUAGUUAUGGUGGCUGAGUGGGUGAAUCCUUGUAUCUUGGAUGGGGGGGAUGUGUGCGCACAGGUCCUGUUGAAGGUGUGUUGUGAGCCAUGAGCGUUAAAGGGGAACGUGUGAGAUCUCACCGUUUUAGGGAAAAAGGCAAAGUGUGCAUGUGGAAUUUUAACUUGAAAGCUUGACCCUGAAUGGGAGCAUCUUAUGAAGGCUGAAGUCAACAGACAGCCCUCAAACACUGGUGAAAGGAGAGCUGGCUGAUGUCUCAGGGUCUGCUAUUGCCACAGCGUCUUUCAACUGCCUGCACACACUCUUCAAACCUGAGAGCCUGAUGGCGAUGGCUCUUACUCAGGUUCCCUUUUCCUCGUAUCUGCUCGCUGGCCAGAUCAGAGCUUUGGGGACAAGACCUCCUCCUGUCCCAGGGGAGCUGGCAACUGCCUGGCUCUAGGUUGGUCUGGCUGGCUGUAGGCCUGUGUUUGGAGAUGUCCCAUCUAGCCUCAGCCUGAGGCUUAUCCCCUGUGGCGCAUGUCAGCAUUAAUGGGGAAGGCAGUUCCUCUUCCUCCAUGUGCUCCUCCAUCCAGCUCCUUGCCCAAGCACAUGGUCAGCCUCGUGCAGGAGCCCAUAACUGAAGCUAAGAUGUGGCCUCAUUUUCUAGAAGUGAAGACUGUUCAAGUGCUUGACUGCAGCCUAUUUAUACUUUCUCAGGUUUCUGGGGGCACUGUAAAGAUCAAUUAAAAAACUGCUUUUUAAAAAAGAAGUUUGAAAUACUAUAAUUUCUCACAUAUAACACACACACACACACUUCUUUUCCUCUAAAAUGCAGCCGCUGGAAAUUGGGGUGUGCAUGGUAACCAAGGAAAUAGGGUAACAGCAGUUCACCUUCUGCCUGGGGAAAGCAAAACUAAAGCUGCACGUGCUACACUGCACGCCAGGCUCCUUAGGUGCUGGCUGUGGACCCUCAUUCUCCACCCACCCCCUCCCCGACCCUGCCCAACAGAGGCUCACAAAGAAAAGAUCUUUCUUUCUUCAUUCUGCCUUUCAGAAACCAGGUGCACAUUUUGUUUCAGGACAUGUUGUAUGUGAGAAAAUACAGUACUUCAAGCACUCGCUGCUUUCCUUAGUCGCACGCCUUCCAUAAUGAGUCAGUGUCCCUUUGUCAGCGGGCCUCGUGUCCAGCUGCAAAGAGUGUUUUUAUCUGCCUUUUGUUUUCCUGCAUUGCAGGUUGUUGGCUGUUACAGAUCAUUUUGACUCCUUUUAUAAUGCUAUUAAAAACCUCUUUAAACAA